AUGUCAGUUGUUGCUAACGUUGAAGUCAAAAUGAAAGGCAGAACACGGAGUUCUGGUAUACAUUUUGACCCGCCAGAGACUCACGAUAUGGUGAGAUCGCUAUUCGAUCCUCGCAUCAAGAAAUCUUAUUUGGAGAUAGUAAUAGCUUCUGUGAUUUUAUCAAAUUUUGUGGUUUGUUACUGGCUCCUGAAUAGUUAUGGACUUCAGGUCGCAAAAUACUGCUUCCUCGGGCAGUAUGUGUUCUGGAGAUUGUCAUAUAACCUAGGUAUUGGUUGUGUACUACACUACCAGUCUCAUUAUGAAACGCUGACGAAUUUUGCCAAGACUCACAGACUAUUUUCUAAAAAGAAUAAUGCGUUUUUGGCUAAAUUUGCCCAAUUUGAAAUAAGCUCUAAGAUGCCUACUAAUUACAAUAUUUCUGAAUACCCAGAAGAGUUAAAUGUAUGGCUGCUGUUUCGUCAAUUCGUGGAUUUGAUUUUAAUGCAGGAUUUUGCAACUUAUAUGGUCUACGUUUAUUUAUCCAUGUCAUCAUGGAGAUUUACUUGGAGAACAGGUCUUGGUUUGGCCAUGAUUUUAUUUAAUAUCUGGGUCAAACUGGAUGCUCAUCGUGUUGUUAAAGAUUACGCCUGGUACUGGGGUGAUUUCUUUUUCUUACAAGAUUCUGAACUAAUAUUUGACGGUGUAUUCAACAUCUCUCCACAUCCAAUGUACUCUAUCGGUUAUUUAGGCUAUUAUGGUUUAUCAUUAAUCUGUGGUGAUUAUAGAGUUUUAUUGGUGUCAGUCUUUGGGCAUCUACUGCAGUUUGUUUUCCUGAAAUAUGUUGAAACCCCACAUAUUGAUCGUACCUAUGGUACAUCUGAAACAAAAGAAUUAACUAACGGCACUGUAGAUGAUCAGAUUGCAAGAGAACAUAAUGACUACACCCAUCCGUUGAUCAGUAACGGUUUGUUUUUGGAAAAUUUUGAUAAACUGAGAUUUACGGACUAUUUCACAGUUUUUACAACUUGGGCUAUUUUUUCCUGGACGGUUUUUGGAACACCCACUUCAAGGAGAUUGUUCUAUUUGACUUUUGUCGCAAAACUAUCAACUUGGCUGUUAUUAUCAUAUGUCUUGUAUAGGCAAUCCAAGGAAAAAUGGUUUACUAAAUUGUAUCUGAAAAAUGGUUACACUCAAGUUCACUGUUUUCAACAAUGGCAAUUUCUCUAUAAUUACUCACUUGUUAUCUCUUAUACACUGCUGGUUUGUCAAACUCUGAUAAAAAUUAAGGAGAUAUUCCCAGCGAUUGACUAUAGUCAGAUUAUUUUUGGGUUGAUAUGUUGUGCGUUGCAAAUAUGGUGUAAUACUGAGAUUAGAUCUGCUAUUUCUGAUUUUGGUUGGUUUUAUGGUGACUUCUUUUUAAUCAAUUACAUUGUCGACAGAAAAUUAACCACGCAAGGUAUUUACAGGUAUUUGAACAACCCAGAGGCUAUUUUGGGUGUUGCUGGUGUUUGGGGUUCCGUAUUGAUGACAGAUUUUGCUUGGGAAAACAUUGCUUUGGGUAUGUUGUGGACAGCUACAAAUUUUGUUUUGGUUAAAUUUAUUGAAACCCCACAUGUCUCAAAAGUAUACGGUCCUUCCGCAGACCGUAUGAGUGGAGUUGAGAAGACGUUGUAUAAUAUUAAGCCUUUGAGAAGAGUCUCUGAAUUAGUUGACAAAGCAGAGCAUAUUAUUCUUCGUUCAUUUUUGAAUCACGAAACACCUCUAAGCUCAAAUUAUUUGAAAUCGGGUUCGCCAAUAUCAUUUUCAAACAAUUCCGAUGACUCUGAUAGCGGUUCUGAAGAAGCCGUCCCAAAACCUGAUAGAGCUGAUAAAGAUAUAUUGUGGGAAAAUGCUGUUGAGCAUGCAAUUCACAAAGUUAGCUCUCAGUUAGGACCCUAUUGUGAUUUAGAGAUUUUGGGAUUAGAUGAAAAAAAUAAGGCAAUACUACCAAAUGUUCUUACUGUUGAAUGGAAACUUCCAACUAAAUUAUAUCAUGAAAAAGACUGGAUUGGUUUAUAUAAUGUUCUGGAUACCAAGAAUAUCCGUGAAAGAACUAGGGUCAGUUCAUCUGGUCACUGGAGUGGUACAUCCCCAGAGGGUUAUCCACAUGACUUGAAAAACACUAAAUGUAUUCAAGAGUUUCAACGUACAGAAAACUAUGUCUGUGGUAAAAUCAGUUUUGAUGCUAAUCUUAUGUAUUUUAAGCAUGGUAUCUAUGAGUUUAGAUACCAUUCAAAGGGUACACAUAGAGUUCUUUUGGUUUCCAAACCGUUCGAGAUAUCCUAUCCUCAUUUUGAAGCAUCCUCUGCUGAAGUAUUAAAUAUUGAGCUGAAGAAGUUUUUGACCGAGCUCCAUGUCUUAAAGAAUAAUAGAUUUGAUGAUAAAGGAAAUGACUACUUCAAAAUCCUUAAUUUGAAAAGACUUAUUCGUGAUUCCGUUGGUAUAGAAUUGUCAACGGAUUAUAUCAAGAGAGUCAAUGGGGAUAUCGAUGUUAUUGCUAAGAGAGUUUGGGAAAUUAAGGAAGUACUAGACAAAUUAGAGUAA